CAUUGGGGCGUGUCCUCUGCGCUGAAUCAGUGACGACAGUCCGCGCAUGCGCGCUGCGGAGUGUCAGGGAGGCAAGAUGGCGGCCUUCAGAGCGGGUCUCCUGACCCGAGCUCUUACUAAAGGAAAAACACCGGGAAUCUCAAACAUUAUCCUCGGAACAAGAGCAGCAUCUGGUCCUUCUAAGGACACGUUGCCCGGUCCGUACCCCAGAACCCCGGAGGAGAUGGCGGCAGCGGCUAAGAAAUACAACAUGACGCUGGAAGAUUACAAACCUCAUCCUGACGAUGGCAUGGGGUACGGCGAUUACCCCAUGCUGCCGGAGCGAUCGCAGCAAGAGAGAGACCCCUGGUAUCAGUGGGACCAUCCUGAUCUCAGGAGGAACUGGGGAGAGCCUAUGCACUGGGACUUCGACAUGUACAUCAGGAACAGGGUUGACACGUCUCCGAGCCCCGUGGAUUGGAGGACCAUGCGGAACCAGCUGCUGGGCUUCAUGGGCUUCAUGCUGCUGAUGUUUGGUUUGGGCGAGAUGUUCCCCUGCUACCAGCCCGUGGCUCCUAAACAGUAUCCGUACAACAAUCUGUAUCUGGAGAAAGGUGGAGAUCCUGAGAAAGAACCGGAAUCUGUCAAACAUUUUGAAAUCUAAUGCUAGAAACCUGUGUUUCAUAACUUGUGUAUAUUUCUGUCUCUCUAAUAAAGUUAACUGAAAAGUCA